AGCAAAGCCAUUCUGGAGGGAGAAGCAACAAUGAAGUUUCUUCUACUGAUUCUGGUCCUGCUGGUCCCUUCAUUUGGAAAUGUCCUCCCUGAUUAUACAGACUUGAGCAAAUAUAGACAAGUUGCUAAGGAGUAUUUGAUGAAUUUUUAUGGCCUUAAUGAAACAGAGAGCAAUCCAAUGAACAAAAUGAAAUUAAACACACACCUUCUAGAGGAAAAAAUCCAGCAAAUGCAGAAGUUCUUUGGGCUAAAAGUGACUGGGCAACUGGACAGACCUACUCUGGAGAUAAUGCGUGCACCUCGAUGUGGAGUGCCUGACGUGCAACAUUUCAGGACUCAGCCCGGGAGGCCAGUGUGGAGGAAGCAUUUUAUCACAUACAGAAUAAAAAACUAUACUCCCGACAUGAGGUAUAAGGAUGUUGAUGAUGUCAUUCAGAAAGCUUUUCAAGUAUGGAGCGAUGUGACCCCCCUGAAAUUCAAAAAGAUCAAUGUAGGCGAGGCUGACAUCAUGAUAUUUUUUGCUUAUGGAGAUCAUGGUGACUUCAACUCUUUUGAUGGCAGAGGUGGAAUCUUAGCUCAUGCUUUUGGACCUGGACCUGGCAUUGGAGGAGACACACAUUUUGAUGAGGCAGAAACCUGGAGUAAAACUUCCACAGGCACAAACCUGUUCCUUGUUGCUGUUCAUGAGAUUGGCCACUCCCUGGGGCUUGAUCAUUCCAGGGAUAGAAAGGCCAUAAUGUUUUCCCACUAUGGUUAUCUUGACCCCAACAGAUUUCGUCUCUCUGCUGAUGACAUCCGUAGCAUUCAAAUCCUCUAUGGGGGUCCAGCAGGGCACCAACCAACAUCAUAUCCUGAUCGUAGAACACCAGUUACCUGUGACCCCAACUUGCGUUUUGAUGCUGUCACUAAAAUGGGAGAUAAAAUUGUUUUCUUUAAAGACUGGUUCUUCUGGUGGAAGCUUCCUGAGGAAACAACAGUCGGAGUUAGCUUAAUUUCUUCCUUAAUGUCAAACUUGCCACGUGGUAUUCAAGCUGCUUAUGAAAUUGAAGCCAGAAAUAAAGUUUAUCUUUUUAAAGAUGAUAAGUACUGGUUAAUUAGUUCUUUGAGACCACAGCCAAGCUAUCCCAGGAGCAUAUAUUCUCUGGGCUUACCCCGUAAUGUGAAAAAAAUUGAUGCAGCUCUUUUCAACCCAGUGAACUAUAAGACUUACUUCUUUGUAGAUGACCUAUAUUGGAGAUAUGAUGAAAGGAGAAAGUUCAUGGACCCAAAUUUUCCCCAACUGACUACCCGGGACUUCCCAGGAGUUGGGCCUAAAAUUGAUGCAGUUUUCUACUUCAAAGGACACUAUUAUUUCUUCCAAGGACCUAACCAACUUGAAUAUGAUAUCCAGCUACACCGCGUCACCAAAGUGCUGAAAAGCAAUAGCUGGUUUGGUUGUCAGGAAUGAUGUGUUUAAUGGUGUUUAACAAUUCACUUCAGUUUAAUUAAUAUUUAUUACAUAUAUGCUAUGUUCUCAGAGUACCAUUGCGUGAUGAUAUGUAUCAUAAAAUGAGGUAAAAAUCUAUAGGCCACAGAUAAAUGAUCAUGGAGAUAAAUGAUUAUAUAAAGUGUAAACCCUUACUAUCUAAUUUUGUUUGAUUCUAUUAUUAAGUUUAAA